AUGUCAACCAAGUCAUCCCAUUCCAAGAGUGCUGGAGAGUCAACUCAGCAGACUGCUCUAGAGGAAUACGGAUUCAAGGACGCUCACGGAUGGAGGCGUUGGCGGCCGCUUCGUCCUGGUUGGGGCAUGUAUCACGAUGUCAAGAGACGAUUGCCAUACUAUUAUAGCGACAUUACAGAUGCUUUUACGUAUCGUACAGUUGCUAGUACCAUACGGAUGUAUUUUGUCAAUCUUCUGCCUGCUUUGGCGUACACACUCGACAUGUAUCGCCAGACAGGCCAAUUCUACGGCGUCAACGAGGCUCUUUUUACAUCCGCUUUGGCGGCAUUAGUAUUCAGUAUUCUAGGCGCUCAACCUCUUACCAUUGUCGGGAUUACUGGCCUAAUUGCCUUGUUCAACUACACCAUCUACGACAUCAUCGUUCAAUAUGACGCAUCCAUAUAUCCUCAAUUCAUGUGCUGGACUGCUAUAUGGGCCGCGAUCUUUCAUUGGGUCGUAGCCUUCUGCAAUCUCUGCGACUACAUGCGAUACGUCACCGAUUUCUCUAGCGAGUCGUUUGGCAUGUAUGUCGGCAUCAUCUACAUGAUCAAGGGAGUUGAAGAACUCGUCGCUGAGUUUAGCUCUCACGGUCUCAAUGCAGGAUACCUGAGUACUAUUAUCGCCAUCUUGUACUUCGGUACCGUCUAUGCGCUCGAGAAGCUGGGUGGCAGCACCCUCUGGACACCCACUGUUCGUGGGCUGCUCGCUGAUUACGCCUAUCCUCUCGGUACUGUCUUCUGGGUCGGCUUCUCGCACUUUCCCGGAAAUUUGAAGCGGACGGACAUCAGCUAUCUGCCAAUCACAAAGUCAUUCCAUCCAACAGCAGAUCGAUCAUGGUUGAUUUACUUCUGGCAUCUCGAUGUCAAGUGGGUUUUUGUAGCCGUGCCCUUUGGGUUCCUUCUCAUGCUGCUAUUCUACUAUGAUCAUAACAUUAGCAGUAUUAGCGCUCAGGCACGACAAUUCCCACUAAAGAAGCCUGGCGGUUUCCACUGGGAUUUCUUUCUGCUGGGUUGUACCACGUUCGUGGCUGGCAUCCUUGGGCUCCCCUUGCCCAAUGGACUGGUACCGCAAGCACCAGUACAUACCGAUUCAUUAACAGUCUAUGUGACCGAUCUUCACGUCAUUUCCACCGAAGAAGGUGAAGGAGCCGAGAUCAGACGGCCUAUUGUACGGGCAGAGUCAGUGGUUGAGCAGCGCAUAUCCCAUCUCCUUAUGGGUCUUUUGCUUGUCGGAACCAUGACACGGCCUUUGCUCGUUGUGCUUCAUACUAUGCCCGCGGCCAUCUUCGCAGGGGUCUUCUUCAUCGUCGGAUGGGGAUCCAUCGAAUCCAACACUAUCGUUCAGAAGCUUAUGUACCUCAUGUCAGAGGAGCGCUUCGUGCCUAAGGACGAGCCACUUCGUAAGGGUCUCGGCGUGGCUGCUACAGUGGCCAUCUCUCAGACCAUCGCUGCUAUUGGUUUUCCCGUGAUUAUCAUCGCUUUGAUUCCGCUGCGUACUCAUAUCAUCCCCAAGUGGUUUAACAAGCACGAACUCGAGACCUUGGACGAUCUGACAGCUAACAAUCCGUGUGUGCUUGCGAGUCUUGGAGGUCCUCCAGAUCUGCCAGAGCAUAUCAACAUGGAAGAGUAUGGUGCGACAAAACGAUAUAGCGAGAAGCACCAGGGCGCAGUCAGACAGAGAGCUGGAAGCAUACAUCGUUGA